AUGCAGGGAGAGUGUUUACAGCUGAAGCUGCUCAUAAUUGGAGAAAGUAACGUGGGAAAGACCUCGAUCCUCCAAAGAUUCAUUGAUAACAAGUUUGAAAAGACGUUCUCAACCACAAUAGGAAUAGAUUUCAGGUCUAAGGCCAUAAAAGUCGAUGGAAAGGAAAUUGAGCUGCAAAUAUGGGACACAGCAGGACAAGAGAGAUUCUUCUCAAUUACAAGAAGCUAUUACAGAGGCUCAGAUGGAAUAUUUCUGACCUUUGACCUGACCUCAGAGAGCUCCUUUGCCUCCCUCACUAAGUGGAUUGGGGAAAUAAAGGAAAAGGUCGAUGAGAAAGUCCCUGUUUUCUUGCUGGGAAACAAGAAGGACCUGCUGAAGGGCUCAGAAAGUGAAAUAAACCUGCUGGCCACUGUGAGCAGAAUAAAGGAGAUAUCUGAAGAGCUGAAGGUGCCUUGGUACAGCACAAGCGCAAAGAGUGGAGAGAACAUUGAAGAAAUAUUUAUGGAUAUGGCACGCACAAUUCUUCAUAACAAAGGUAGCUCUAUUAAGAAGCCAUCCAAGAAAAAGGGAUUUAAGAUGUCAAAGGUCAAAGUGAGUGACAUGUUUUGGUGUUUCAAAUUUAAAUAA